CUUAAAUGGUCUGGGUGGCCCCUGACAGGUCUGGGUGGGCUCCACUCCGUGGGUGGCUUCACACCCCUCGUGUGGCAGGAGCCUGUGCCCUGCACACAGGGACAUCCCAGUGCAUCCCAGUGCACCCAGAUAUCCCCGGUGCCAUGGGGACCCACCUCUGACCUUUCCCAAGCCCCUCAGUAAGAUGGGACCCUCCUGUCCCACAGAUGAUCUGGUGCUGCAGGUGCCAGCACGGGCGCUGCUGGAGGGGGACAUAGUGACACUGCGCUGCCGGGGGCGGUGGAACAGCCCAGUCACCAAGGUGCGAUUUUUCAAGGAUAAGAAUAAUCUGAAGAGGUCCCUUAAUGCGACCGAGCUGUCCCUGUCCCCCCUCCAGCUGAACCACAGCGGCAGCUACCGCUGCAAGGGCUGGGUGAGGUCCUGGCCGUCAGGCUCAGCAGCAGUGACAGUGACAGUGCACGUGCCUGUGGCCAAUGCCACCAUCACCCCUGGUCCCCUGUCACACCAGGUGCAUACAGGUGACCCAGUGACCCUGCGCUGCUUAGUGCAGGUGGGCUCAGCACCUGUCACCUUCACCUGGCUGCACAACAGGCAGGAGGUGGCCCGGGGUCCCCUUCUGGAGUUCAGGGCCACCAAUGUGGGACAUUCAGGCACCUACCAGUGCAUGGCCACCAACCAGGCAGACGAGCAUUGCGUGUUCCGGGACCUCAGCCCAGAGCUGGCCCUGGAGGUGACACCACGGGACACAGGGACACACAGGGAUGCAGUGCCUUCAGGCUGCCAGGAAGAAUCAGGAAAGGCCCCCCCAGAUCCCCCGGCCCCCCCAGAGGAGGGGGAGGUGCUGUACACCCACCUCGUGGUCACCAGGAGGGCAGCAGUGUCCCCCCGUGCCACCACCCCCCAGGAUCCCCAGGUGACCUACACGGAACUGCGGGGAUCCCAGGGGCAACCGCGGGAACCCGCCUUCUCAGGAACCCCCGGCCAGGCCCGAGUGGGCAGACACCGGGGGGGCAACCCCGACACGGCCGACUGCGGGGAACACUCUCUCUCGUGCCCCGAGGGAGCUGAGGGCAGCGAGGCCAGUGACCUUUGCAGCAGAGGAGACACCAGAGACAUCGGUGGAAGAUAA